GUCUUUGAUAAACGGCAUUAAGCAUUCCAAAGGGACACGUGACUGCUUAGGAAUGCGGCUCUUCUGUUUACCUCCGACUGAUGUGACAAAAGAUUGAGAAGGUGAUGAUGGUCGAUGCACAACCGGAAAUAGAAGCUCUUGUUAGUCAUCGCCUUUAGGUGUGUCGGCUACCCGCAGGUAUUGCACUCCGACCGCCAAAAUGUCGACCAGUGCGGUGCUACAAAUAAAAUGGGAUCCCAAGAACCUAGAGAUCCGAACCAAGUCAGUAGAAAAAACUCUGGAACCCCUUGUUACGCAGGUAACCACCCUUGUGAACCAGAGUGGACCUUCUAAUAAAAAGAAAGGACGUUCAAAAAAGGCUCAUAUUUUAAGUGCCGCAGUUCAAAAAGCAACAGAGAAUUUUAUUAUCAAAGGAGAGGAAAUUGCAGAAGAAAACCCAGAAGUUCGAGCAGACAUGAUAGCUGCAAUUGAAGAAGUCAGAACAACAGGUGAGGCCAUGAAUGAUGCAUCGCAGGAUUUUGCUGCUGAUCCAUGCUCAUCAGUGAAACGUGGUGCUAUGGUGAGAGCCGCCCGUGCUUUGCUAUCUGCUGUCACUCGACUGCUGAUUCUGGCUGACAUGGUGGAUGUGUACCUUUUGCUAAAAUCAGGACACUCUGUGGAGGAUGAUCUUGAGCACAUCAUGAAUGCCACGAGCCAGCAAGGUUUAAUGGAUGGCUUCCGUGCAUUUGGGAAGAGUGUUGCAGAACUUUCACAACUGGCUGCAAAGAGACAAGCUGAUUUAAAAGAUCCCCGACGACGUGAUGAAUUAGCAGCUGCCCGUGCAAUGCUGAAAAAGAACAGCAUGAUGUUACUGACAACAUCCAAGGCAUAUGUUCGUCAUCCUGAGCUUGCAGCAGCAAAAGCCAACAGAGACUAUGCAUACAAGCAGCUCUGUGAUGCCAUCAACACCAUAACUGGAGUGGUUCAAGCCACUGGCUCUUCUGAUGCUCAUCCUUAUGAGGGACCUGGGGAACUGGCUGCUGCUCUUGAUGAACUAGAUCAAAAGAUUAUCAUGGAUCCUCUGGCUUACAAUGAGGUGCGCACUCGACCUUCAUUAGAGGAACGAUUAGAAAGUAUCAUAAGUGGGGCAGCUCUUAUGGCCGAUUCAUCAUGCACCCGAGAUGACAGACGAGAACGUAUUGUGCAGCAAUGCAAUGCUGUUCGACAAGCACUGCAAGAUUUGCUCACAGAGUAUGAGAAGAAUUGCAGAAAACCAUCAAGUGUGCCAAAGCGGGCUGGCCAACGAGAACCUAGUGAAAAUCUUGAGAGGGCAAUUGAUAAUAUGUGCAAGAAGACAAGAGACUUGAGGCGACAGUUGCGGAAGGCAGUGGUAGAUCAUGUAUCUGACACAUUUCUUGAAACGAAUGUCCCACUUCUUGUGCUGAUCGAAGCUGCAAAAGCAGGAGAUGAGAGGGGAGUGGAAGAAUAUGCUCAAGUGUUUACAGAACAUGCCAACAAAUUGGUGGAGGUUGCAAAUUUGGCCUGCUCCAUGUCCAGCAAUGAGGAUGGUGUCAAACUUGUCCGCAUGGCUGCAGCAGAAAUUGAUGCCUUAUGUCCACAAGUGGUUAAUGCAGCCAGAGUGUUAGCUGCACGUCCCCGAUCAAAGGCAGCGCAAGAAAAUAUGGAUGUUUUUAAAGAUGCUUGGGAAAAACAAGUCCGCCUCCUGACUGAGUCUGUUGAUGAUAUCACAACCAUCCAUGACUUCCUAGCUGUUUCAGAGAACCACAUUCUUGAGGAUGUAAACAAAUGUGUCAUUGCACUUCAGGAGUGUGAUGCAGACACACUUGAUCGCACAGCAGGUGCUAUCCGUGGCCGCUCAGCUCGUGUCUGUAAUGUUGUUACAGUUGAGAUGGACAACUUUGAGCCAGGUCGCUACACAGAGCGAGUAAUGGAGGCUGUUGUGAUGCUUAGAGAUCAAAUUAUGCCAAACUUUGCCGAGAAAGUUGAAGUUGCUGUUGAUGCCCUCAAUUCUAAUCCACCACUAGAUAUAGAUGAGAAUGAGUUUAUUGAAGCCAGUCGACUGGUCUAUGAUGGUGUUAGAGACAUCCGACAAGCAGUUCUUUUGAAUGGAAUUGAAGUUGACGAGUCUGACAGUGAGGUUGAAUUGGAAGAUGAAUAUGAAACAUACACAAGUAUGGCAGACCCAGAUGACUUCGGUAAGAGUGACCGUGCCAUGAUGAGGCAGCUGCCUGAAGAAGAGCGGGAGAAAAUUCAGGCCCAGGUGGAAAUGUUCCGGGCAGAAAAGGCAAAGCUGGAUGUUGAAGUGGCCAAGUGGGAUGAUACUGGCAAUGACAUUAUUGUCAUGGCAAAGGAGAUGUGUGUCAUCAUGAUGGAAAUGACUGAUUUCACCAGGGGGCGUGGACCGUUGAAAAGUACUAUGGAUGUAAUUAGCGCUGCCAAGAAAAUUUCAGAAGUGGGCUCCAAUCUUGACAAGUUGGCAAGUUCAAUAGCCGACCAAUGCCCAGAUUCCGUGUCUAAGAAGGACCUUGAAGCAUAUCUGCAAAGGAUUGCACUCUACUGUCACCAGCUUAACAUUACUAGUAAAGUGAAGGCAGACGUACAGAGUGUCAGCGGAGAGCUCAUCGUUUCAGGACUGGACAGUGCUACCUCACUUAUUCAUGCUGCUAAAAACCUAAUGAAUGCUGUGGUGCUGACAGUUAAAGCAUGUUAUGUAGCUUCGACCAAGUACAAGAAAAGAAAUGGACAGAAACCUGUGGUGUUGUGGAAGAUGAAAGCUCCAGCCAAGAAGCCACUUGUUAGACGAGAAGAUCCAAGUGAACUCAGUGCUAAAGUUCGAAAGGGAGCUACUCGAUCACACAUUGAACCAAUCAAAGCAUUGAGCGAGUUUCAAGAGAUCACUGCAGACAGCUUUUGCUAAUGAUAUAUACAGACCUUCCGUCAUGUUAUGUGAUGUUGUGAAUGAACAUUGUGGUGGUAACAUUUAGGCUGUGUUUUUUUAAUAAGAAAACCUCCAGCUAUUUCUGCUCUGUCAGAUGUUAAUGCUGGCAGAGUAGUCUCAACGUUACACUUUAAACAUUAGCAGACUCCACGGGCCACAAUCUACCAGAAGAUUAAAUAAUAAAGCAGAUGUAAGUAUCCAGAACAGGAUUUUACCCACAGAUUCUGCUGUCACAAAUGCCAGUCUUUACCUACCUAUUAUCAGGGUAGGUUUAGAGCCAUAUAGUUGGACAUGUCCACCAUUUUAUUCUUUAUAUUUCUUUUGUCAUAGAUUCGUUGUUCAAGUCAAGAUACUUCCCAUUUGACUGUAAAUAUUACUUAUAUUCAGAUGCUUGCCAUCAAAAUAACCUGUACAGAGAGACAAAUCAUCUUUUGAUGGCAGUAUUUACCUUGCUGGGUGUUCGGGGAAAGUGGGAUGUGUGUAAUCUGUUCACUUACCUACAACCACAACAAUUUCUGUUCAUAUCUGUUUGCCCAUUCAGCUCAUUUACAACUUGUGCUGCAUUUGCCUUUUUUUUUUUUUUUUUUUAUUAUAAUUCUUGUAAGUAGAACAUACAGAUCAUUCAAAGACUUUUACAUCCCUCUGAACUGUAUGACAGACACAACCCUGACUAGGUCUUUGUUCACAAGGUUGUCUAAAAUGAUUGUGUCCCGUGAUACCCACUUGGUUUUCAUUACCAUAUUUGAUGUUUACAUAACAGUUUUAUUUUAAACAAGAUUGCUUCUAUUUGUGGUUGUGUAUUAAAUUAUUUGACCUUUUUUCCUUUCUUUCAUAGAAUCUCUGCAGGUUUUGAUGAUCUUUGUUCUGUAAUGAUGAUUAUUGUUUUUUUAUUUGCUGCUGGUUACAGUGGUCUUCUUCCUUGAAAAUAUUAGGUUGUACAUAUUCUUUUUGAAGUUGUAUUUCUUAUUAUUGAAAUCACUUUAUUAUUUUCUCAGUAUAGACAUAUCAACAAAAUGGUUGUAUAAACUGUGAAGUGCUUUUGCACCAUUUGAUGUGGUAGGACAUGACUGCUGCAGAAAUCACAUUCUGCCCUUAAGAAAGUCAUUGAAGCUUGUCGUAAGCUAGAUGCCUAUUUUGUUCUUCUCACCAACUAUCACGCUAUUAUGUGUUAAGACAAAUUAGAUAAAACAGAAACUCUUAACGCAUAACAGCUUUAUAGGAUGUGUGUUCCAAAUUAAAACAUUAAAUUGGGGGGGGGGGUCUUCAUUUAUUAUUAGGGUAACAUUUGUUUGGGGUUUUUUCUCCAUAAAGAUAUGAAGGACUAAUGCAGCCCUGAGCUGAGUUGUGAAGGUUCCCCUGCUCACCAUGUCAGUAGCAGACUUCAUUGAUACUUUGUCUUCUGUGUCUUGAUAACUCAUAGAAUUUUUACAACAAGCCUUAAUCUUUUCUUUGUGCUCUGCUAUUUUUUCCUGGAAGAGGGCAAUUUUUUUUUCCUACAGAGUCUUUGUUGUGAAGUAGAGCAGUGCUUGCUUUUGCAUUUAGCUGUUUUUAUUGACAGUGACUGAGACUUAACCAGAAAGUUGUAAAUUUACUGCAAAUGUACAUAAUAAAUCUGUUAAAAAACCUUA